UGUCACUCGCCCUGCAGUCCUGCACCACCUCACCAAACCCGGUGGAACCUCGUGGUCUCCGCCGCCGCCGCCUCGAGCACUCCGCCCGCCAUCCGAGUCUCAGGCGUCCCGGACCUUAGGCGGGGAGGCGCGGCGACACUCCCCAGGAUUAUGCAGAGCGCGGCGGCCAUCGGGCUAGUCCGACCAUGCGCUGCGCGGCAGCUCGUCGCUUGCCCUAGCCACCGCCGCGGCGGCGCCGUUGCCGUUGCCGGCGGAGGAAUCCGGCCUGUCCUCCCGCUGCGCGGCCUCCGCCUCUCCGCGCGCGCCGGGCUCGUGCCGGCCUCGCCGCUGGAGGAGGAGGAGAAGCGGAGAUGCAGGGACGUGGCGGCGUCGGCGUCAGCGGCGGCCGCGGCGCAGGGGGCCGGGGAGGAAGCGGGAGGAGGGCUCCUGAAGACGCUGCAGCUGGGGGCGCUCUUCGGCCUCUGGUACCUCUUCAACAUCUACUUCAACAUCUACAACAAGCAGGUUCUGAAGGUUUUGCCGUACCCUAUAAACAUUACAAAUGUGCAGUUUGCUGUUGGAACUGCCAUUGCUUUGUUCAUGUGGAUCACUGGUAUCCUUAAAAGACCAAAGAUCUCUGGUGCCCAGCUUCUCGCUAUCCUUCCUCUGGCUAUUGUCCACACCAUGGGCAAUCUUUUCACAAACAUGAGCCUUGGAAAGGUUGCAGUGUCAUUUACACAUACUAUCAAGGCCAUGGAGCCUUUCUUCUCGGUCCUCCUUUCAGCAAUCUUCCUUGGUGAGUUCCCUACUCCUUGGGUUGUAUUGUCUCUUGUUCCCAUCGUUGGUGGCGUGGCAUUGGCAUCUCUUACUGAGGCUUCCUUUAACUGGGCUGGCUUUUGGAGUGCAAUGGCUUCAAAUGUGACCUUCCAAUCAAGGAAUGUGCUAAGCAAGAAGCUUAUGGUGAAGAAAGAGGAAUCUCUGGACAACAUUAAUCUUUUCUCAAUCAUUACGGUCAUGUCAUUCUUCCUCUUGGCCCCAGUAACCUUACUAACAGAGGGUGUCAAAGUCAGUCCUGCAGUCUUGCAGUCUGCUGGCUUGAACUUAAAACAGAUAUACACGAGAUCUCUGAUUGCUGCAUUCUGCUUCCAUGCGUACCAACAGGUGUCAUACAUGAUCCUCGCUAGGGUGUCCCCAGUCACCCAUUCCGUGGGCAACUGUGUCAAGCGUGUGGUGGUCAUUGUGACUUCCGUUCUGUUCUUCAGGACCCCUGUUUCUCCCGUCAACUCUCUAGGUACCGGGGUUGCCCUCGCAGGAGUUUUCCUGUACUCACAACUGAAGAGGCUUAAGCCCAAGGCCAAGGCUGCUUAAUGACAUAUAUUAUCAGGUCCAUCCAUUAGAACUGUGGAAGACCUGCCGUCUGAGUGACUAGCGAGUGCAGUAGUUUAGAAUGAUGUUGAGAGAAGCCCCUCUGGUUUGCUACCACUUCAUGUGACUGUUUGUGACUUAAUUACUAGCAUUUUUGAACGGAUUUAUGGUUUAUUAGUGUAUUAAUAAUUUUUCUGUGGUGCCA